CAGCCGGCUUCCUGCCUCAGGCCCGCAGCCUUCGAGCCUGGAGGGGGGUGGGGGGUGGGGCAAGGGACGGGCUGUCACUCACUUGCAGUGUGACCCUGAGCAAACCACCUGCGCUCUCUGGGCCUCGGUUUCCCCUUUUGCCAGGUACUUUCUGAAGCUGCUUCUGGGUCCAACAUGACUCCCCCCCCCCAUUUACUUUCCCUGCGAGCUCUCGGGGGGGAGGGGGGGGCGGAUCAUUCCCUCACCACCUGGCGCCGGCACCGAGGUCCACUCUCAGGUGUCACUGCUUGCUCACCUCCACGUGGACGCCCAGGACAUGUUCCCGCCCCCAACUCCUGUCCUCCCGCCCCCAACCUGGGCCCUGCACGUUCCCACCGCAGGGAAUGUCCACUCUGCCCUCGCAGGCUCAGGCCAAACCCUGGACGUCCGCCUUGACUCUAUUCUCAGGUUCUGCGCUCAGCCUGCCAGCAGGCGCUGUCCCUCUGCCUUCAGACCCGUCCGCCAUCCGUCCGCUUCUUGUCACCUCGGUCGCCUCCACCCUGGCCCACGCCAUCGCCGCUUCUCCCCUGCGGCCUCCGCGCCCCCACGCGGACUCACACAACCGCCACCAGAGGCCUGUUCAGCAUCGAAGGCCAGGCCCGGCCCUGCUCUGCUCUGCUGGUCUCAUUGCAGAGCCCAAGCCCAGCCUCUAAUGAGAAGGACAAGCAAGCUUUCAAAAUAACACAGACCCAACAAACCGGGGGCGGUGCGGGUCGAUGGGAGAGGGGUGCCUGGAGGAUGCCCGGGCCCUGGGGGCUGGCCCGGCCCGGCCCCUGUACACAGCUGGCGGGGCCCAGCCCCAGGACGUCACGCAUUGGGUGUUACAUAACCAGCUGUGUGUUUGUCUCAUGCUCUUUUCAUUUCUUUUAUUUUUGCAUUUCUUUUCUUUUCCCUCACCACCUGGCGCCAGCACUGAGGUCCAAUAUAUAUGUUGUUUAUAUAUGUUUUUUCUCAGGUCCUUUCAAAGCUGGCAGCCCACUGAGUCAGUCGGCCUAGACACAUGGAGUUCUCCUCUCAUGAGAGGAGGGUGUUUUGAUUCAGAAGAAAAAAAAUAAUCAUAUCGACAUUGGGGUCCCCAUGCCCUCUCCUGGCUGCCCAGGCCGGGAGCGCGCAGACAGGAGGAAGCGGCGUGCGGCUGCUUCACAAAUGGGGUUGUUUGUUGGCAUCUGGGCGCAUGGACGGGAGGACUUGGCGAAGGAAAAGGUGGACACAGGGCGUCUGUCUGAACCCCACAGUCAGUCCCCGUCCGUGUGAGCAUGAGCUGGAGGGUGGAGUCCGUGUGNGCAUGCAGCUGGAGGGUGGAGUCCGUGUGAGCAUGCAGCUGGAGGGUGGAGUCCGUGUGAGCAUGCAGCUGGAGGGUGGAGUCCGUGUGAGCAUGCAGCUGGAGGGUGGAGUCCGUGUGAGCAUGCAGCUGGAGGGUGGAGUCCGUGUGAGCAUGCAGCUGGAGGGUGGAGUCCGUGUGAGCAUGCAGCUGGAGGGUGGAGUCCGUGUGGGCAUGCAGCUGGAGGGUGGAGUCCGUGUGGGCAUGCAGCUGGAGGGUGGAGUCCGUGUGGGCAUGCAGCUGGAGGGUGGAGUCCGUGUGGGCAUGCAGCUGGAGGGUGGAGUCCGUGUGGGCAUGCAGCUGGAGGGUGGAGUCCGUGUGGGCAUGCAGCUGGAGGGUGGAGUCCGUGUGGGCAUGCAGCUGGAGGGUGGAGUCCGUGUGGGCAUGCAGCUGGAGGGUGGAGUCCGUGUGGGCAUGCAGCUGGAGGGUGGAGUCCGUGUGGGCAUGCAGCUGGAGGGUGGAGUCCGUGUGGGCAUGCAGCUGGAGGGUGGAGUCCGUGUGGGCAUGCAGCUGGAGGGUGGAGUCCGUGUGGGCAUGCAGCUGGAGGGUGGAGUCCGUGUGGGCAUGCAGCUGGAGGGUGGAGUCCGUGUGGGCAUGCAGCUGGAGGGUGGAGUCCGUGUGGGCAUGCAGCUGGAGGGUGGAGUCCGUGUGGGCAUGCAGCUGGAGGGUGGAGUCCGUGUGGGCAUGCAGCUGGAGGGUGGAGUCCGUGUGGGCAUGCAGCUGGAGGGUGGAGUCCGUGUGGGCAUGCAGCUGGAGGGUGGAGUCCGUGUGGGCAUGCAGCUGGAGGGUGGAGUCCGUGUGGGCAUGCAGCUGGAGGGUGGAGUCCGUGUGGGCAUGCAGCUGGAGGGUGGAGUCUGUGUGAGCAUGCAGCUGGAGGGUGGAGUCCGUGUGGGCAUGCAGCUGGAGGGUGGAGUCCGUGUGGGCAUGCAGCUGGAGGAUGGUAUAUGUUUGGUCUCCGUUCCCAAGCUUGGCCCUCCACCCCCGCCCUGACCGAGGGAGGAGAGAUUGCUGGGUCUUGCUCUGUAAGGAACCUCCUAGAAACCCCAACUGAAGAGGCUCGGGAGCUUCCGCAGCAUCUGGGCCCCACAGGCCCCACAACUGCCCUUCGUUGUGAGGAGGGCACACCCUUGAGCCCCAGAAGCAGCAGACCCAGUGCAUCAGGAGCGGGCGCUUCCUGGGGAGAUGAAGCAGCUGCCCGCGGACAUCCGUCUUUUGUAAGUGACAGCUGGGCCCCCAGAGACAGACGCCGCCACCCUGCACCUUGCCAGCGGCUGCAGAAGUCCCACCCCAGGGACACCUGGUCCCGCCAUCUCCCAGCGCUGGGCCUGCAGCAGGAGCAGUGCCUUUGGGGCCAGGCUGUCCAGACACAAAGCCCAGCUCCGCCCUCGCUGUGACCCUGUGGACUUCCUUGCCCUCAGGAGGCCUCAGUUUACUUCUCUCUGGACGGGGCGACACUGGUGACUUUCUCACGCUGUGAGGUAAAACGGGGCGGUGCACGGAGCCCCCGGGCUGGCCUGCCCGAGGUCGCGCCCUCGGUCAGCACGCGUGGAGUGCAGACGUGCGUUAGUCACCCCACCGUGUCCUCGAGGCCUGGGCGGUGGGCACCAUCACUGUGUCCAUUUCCAGACGGGCUUUCAAAGGCUGAGGGAAUGACGGCUUUCCAUGCAUGGGGCAGAGUGAGGCUAGGGACUCGGGUCCGAAGUCCCACUGCCGCCACAUGUCCUACUGCCAGUGUAUCUCUAACUACAUGAGCGAUAUUUUUAUUAAAAAUUCAUUGCCCCGUGAUUAAAAAGACAAAGGUGGAAGUCCCAGAGGAAAACAGCCGUCACUACCGGCCACCAUCUCAGGCACGUUCUCACUCGCUUGCCGCCUGUUCCUAUGCACACGCGUCCCCCAGGAACCCGUGUUCUCCUGCAGCUUCGCUUUCUGCCCCUUGCGGCCCAGGACCAGCUCGCAUGCCUGCGGGACCAGCGGAACCGAGGAGGCCUCAGUUCUCCCAUCUGGAAAAUGGCUCACCACCGCACCAGUCCACACACACGGUCACCAGGGACCACCGUGGCGAUCCCGUGCGAAUGUGAGAGUGACCGGCGAAUGCUUCCCGCUGCCAUCGCUGUUACCCCUGCAACCAUGGAGCGGAGUUUGGGUCAGGGGUUUCCUCGGUACAAGAACCAUCAGGGUUUGCUAGUACACCGUGCUGCCAUCAGCCGUGGCCUGUGCCCCACAACUACCUACACCCCCAGGGCAAGGCUGUGCCCUCGGUCCUGGGGCCUCCGAGGGCCCGUGGGUCCUGCUAGUUAAAGGGUCUGCUGGUGGUUUGUGCUGAUGGGGCUGAAGCUCCUGAGGUGGGCGUGUCCUCCCUGGCCCCUCCCAUCUCCCCUCCCAUCCAUGGCCCCUGCUGCACGGAGGGAUCUCCUGAAAUUACUCCUCUGAACAGUUGGUGAUGAGGCUGAGAGUGUGCCACACCCCCCGUGGGCUGACUCACGGCCUGACACCAUGGGCCUGCGACUCCCUGAGCCUCAGAGCCAUGGAAGGAGGUAGAUCAGAUACAAAGUCCUGGGCCCUGCACCCCGAGAUCCCGGCCCCCUGUCGGUACAGCGCCCAGGAACCAGCAUUUCCACGCGAGUCCAGGAGGCCAUCCGUGCACCCGGCCCCGUCAGAGGCACAGCUGUCUCAGUGCAUCUCAGCCCACGUCUGCACGGAGCCUGCAUCCCGUCACCAUGGAGACACCAGCCCUGCAGCACACAGCGCGUUCCAUUAAGCUACUUCCAUUCCUCAAUCCCCUUUCUUGGCACAAGAGUUGAUAAAGAAAAGAAAAUCAGGUCAGCAAAAUUGGUUUGGAAAAUGAGAAAUCGUCGUCUUCCAGCUCCAGUGUGUGGCUCUGCUACGCGUGCCAGUGGGGCUCCGGGCCAGCGAAGCUGCUCCCCACCCCAUAGCUCCUGCACAGGCGAAACCACGCCAGCCACACGGCGACAGCAUGCGCAGGGUCCCGCACAGCCGGCCACGCUGGGGACGCAGCAUGUCGCCCUGCUCUCAGUGUGCAUCUUCCCAGCAGGAGAAAGGGUUUCUCCCCAGUCUCUGCCUCCUCAC